GUCCGCACGCACAGGGUAUAAAAGAAGUUCACACACAAUGUAAUCAUCACUCACAGCAGAAGACAUGAAUACUCUGAUACUGUGUGUGUGCCUCCUCCCUGCUGCCCUAGCAGCUGUAGAUCUCUCUUCCUACCCUCUCUCUCAAGAGCUAAGAGAUGGGUACACAUUGCACUGGAGCUUUAAUGUUGAGGAGCAGAGCAUAAGGUUUGCAGUGAAUGUGAGCACCACUGGAUGGGUUGGACUGGGACUGUCUCCCACUGGAGGAAUGCCUAACUCUGACAUUGUCAUUGGAUGGGUCAACAAUGAAGGACAAGCCUUUUUGAAUGAUCGCUUUGCUACUGCACAAAGCCUUCCAACAGUAGAUGUCAGUCAAGACUGGAUCCUAGAGGCAGGAGAGCAAGUGGAUGGAUUCACUGUUCUUGCCUUUAGAAGAGAUUGGGUCACUUGCGAUACGGCACAGGACAGAGAUAUUAGGGUGGAUACAGUUCGUGUGAUUUUCAGUUGGAACGAUGCUGACCCUGUUGGAGAUGAUCCAAAUCAAGUAAUGUACCAUGGUAACCAAAACCGAGGGACGUUCAGUCUUAACCUCCUGGGUGGUCAACAAGACCCACCCCCUGACCCUGCCGACCUGCAAACAUUAAGUAUCACUGUGUCUAAUAUCACCAUUCCGGCUGUUGGUACGACAUACUGGUGUACUGCAUUUGAGCUACCUGCUGAGGUUCAGGCCCAAAAACACUACAUUACUAAGGGUACUCCAUUCAUCACUGAAGGCAAUGUGGCCAAUGUUCACCACAUCCUGAUCUAUGAGUGUGACACUCUUAACAGUACACAUGUGGGAGAGAGUGGUGUGUGUAGGGGGGAAGUGAGUGACACUGUGGCAGAUUGUAGAGGGACAUCAUUGCUUUCCGGAUGGGCUGUUGGAGGAACGGAGUUUUAUUACCCAUCUGGUGUGGCCUAUCCAAUUGGAGGAGGCGGUCCCCGUUUUCUUGUUAUGGAAACUCACUAUGACAACCCUCAAAUGAGAUCAGAUAUUGUUGAUAGCUCUGGACUAGUGUUUUCGUACACCUCAACUGCCCCAACGUUUGAAGCUGGUAUUCUUCAGAUUGGUUAUACAGUGAGCCCGAACCACGUCAUUCCUCCGGGUGCGUCAAUAUUCAACACCUUCGGUGAAUGCAACGAGAAGUGCACAUCAAUGUAUUUUCCAAGUACGGGCAUCACAGUAUUCAGCAACGUCCUCCACACGCAUCUAGCUGGUGUUGGAGUUACUUUGCACCAUUAUCGGAGACUUGAUCAAGACUCCAGCACUUGCAGUGCAUUAGAGGAAUUGGCACCAAUUGAAGACAACCCUUCGUACGACUUCAACUACCAACAAUCCACUCUUCUUCCAAAUCCUAUCACAGUUUUGCCCGGAGAUAGUCUUCGUUUGGAAUGCAGCUACAACACUGAGAAUAGAAACUCUACUACCCUGGGUGGACCAGCAACGAUGGACGAAAUGUGCCUGUCUUUCAUUUCCUACUAUCCUCGUAUGGGCCUUGCUAGCUGCAUUAGUGUUCCAAAUAGUAACGACCCCACAUUUUUGCAAAAUUUCUUAAGAGACCAUGUUCCCCCAAAUGUGCUACUGGCACUGUUACAAGCUUCAAUACAAGGAAGAAGUGCCCUAACUAAUGCUUGGAACAUGAUAAACUGGAGUUCGGAUGCAAUUGAUUCUUUUGAGAGUGACUAUCUUAAUGGUCCCUUGAUUGAUGUCUGUAUUCCUGUUCUUGUACAGGAUAGCACUGACCUUCAGUUCAUACGACAUGAGGGGUUUGAAGAACCCAACUGUACCUACCAAGCAGCUGACCAGUGCACUGGUUUCAUGCCCAUGGAUUGUUGCUCUCGUAUAGGUGGUGCUGGUGAAAUAAUCUCCGGAAGUUUGGUGCUAGUCAUACUCUGCCUGGCUGCUGUACUCUCCAUGUUUUGAAAACUAACUUUAUAAUGACUUCAAUUAGUUUAUAGUUUGGACACUCGAUGGUAACAAUAAUUUUUAGCUUCUUUUAAGAGUACCAUCUUCUUAGACUCGUUUCCCAUAUUAAUCUGGUAUUUAUC